AGCAGAUGGACUUUGUGGGCCCGGGGUAGCAGAGAUGCCUAUGUUGUGUUGAGGUGUGCGAGCCAAGUAUUAUGCAGCAACAAUGUCUUCAGCUCAGUCUCUGAGAGAGUUUAUCAGGGAGCGACUGACCGCUGCUGCGGAAGAAAUAUUCAUAGAGGUUGAUAAAACCAUCGUCCAUUAUGAGGAAGAGCUGGAUCGUCAGCGCAGACUGCUGGAAAUCUGCUGGAAACCCCAAAUAAACCUACAGAGAAUAGAGAAAGCAGUAACAUGGUUCCCUGAAGAGGAGAUUCUCACUGACCAGCAGAUCUACAGUAAGGAGAGGAGCCCCAGUAUGCGACAAAAUGAUCCAGAACCUCAGCACAUAAAAGAGAGCCAAGAAGGAAUAGAAGCUGAGCAGAUGCUAGAGAACGGGGGAGACAUUGAGCCACCACAGAUAAAAGAUGAACUGGAAGAGCUAGAACCUCUGCAAAUGCAAGAGAGCCAAGGGGAACAUGAAACUUGUUAUACAAAAGGAGAACAAGAAACACAACUGCCAUGGGUAAAAGAUGAACAGGAGAAUCCAGAACUACCACAGAUAAAGGAUGAACAGGAGGAAGUUUGUAUCAGUCUGAAGAAAGAGCAGCUUGAAAUGAAGCAAGAGACUGAUAGCAUAAUAGUGUAUCCUGCUUAUGAGGAAAGAGACUGCUGGGAACCAGAACCAAGAUCAGACCAGCUUUUUGUCCAGAUCUCUGGUGAACCUGAGGACCAAAACCAGGAAAUGAGCGACAAUGAAGACUCGGGAUCAAGUAGAGAUGAAGAACAUGAGCUGAACAGGAGGCAUGAUAACAUCAGAGGUCACUUUGACAAUGUAGACAAUUCAACAUUAAAAAGACAGAGGAAAAUGCACAUUAAUGAUAAUCUGUCUCCUUGUAAAGUGUGUGGUAGAUUUUUUGCUCGGAAUUACUUGAAUCAACACAUACGAACUCACACAGGUGAGAAGCCUUUUUCAUGUUUGACCUGUGGAAAAAGUUUCAGUGAAAGAGGAAACUUAUCUAAGCACACGAGAACCCAUACAGGUGAGAAGUCUUUCUCAUGUUUGGUUUGUGGAAAAGGUUUUGUUCAGCAAAUUCAUUUGACUCGUCACAUUAGAACUCACACAGGUGAGAAACCUUUCUCAUGUCUGACCUGUGGAAAACGUUUCUCUCAAAGUAGCAGUUUGUCUGGUCACAUGAGAACUCAUACAGGAGAGAAGCCGUUCUCAUGUCAGACUUGUGGACAAAGCUUUAGUGAAAGAGGAAGUUUAUUUCAUCAUAGUAGGAUUCACACAGGUGAAAAGCCUUUCUCGUGUAGGACCUGUGGAAAAAGUUUCUGUCAAAAAAGUAAUUUGACUGUUCACAUGAAAACUCACAGAGUUGAGCAGAUUUAAUUUUGUUAUAUUCUCAAAAAGUGCGGUACAUCAGAACAGGAGAGAAGUUGGACUCUGGUUCAUCAAUAUGUCUUUGAUGAAGUGAUUUAAAGUAGUAGAAAACCACCAAACUAAGAAUUUAGUGAUAUGAAAGUGUAAUGAACAAGCUGUCUCAAGAGAAAGCACAUGUAGGCCCUGACAUCUAGAGAAAACUUGUUAAAUUAUGCAUGCUUCAUGCCAUUUGUCAUCUAAAAAUGUGAUUUCUUUUAGCCACUGACCACUAGGCUGGGCCAGGACUCCUAUAUAAAUCUUGUCACAAUUCAAAGUGAGGAAAAGGUAAAAGAAGGUUUAAAAAAAUUCCAAUGCUCAGAGAAAAUAAAAAGCAGAGUGGUGUCAUCCCCAAGUUUCCCUAAAAGCUAUUAGAUGUCAACCGAUUGUGUGGUAAUGAAAAAAACUGGAGCCGUGUGCGUUGGCCAGGUGAAACUAAAAUUGGGCUUUUCGGCAAUAAAUAUGGGUAAUAUGGGUGAUGUAAAAUCUGGAAAAUCAACUAAUACCUACUUUUAAUUAUAGUGGUCUACCUGUAAUGCUGUGGGCCUGUUUCACAACUGAAUGAACUGGGAAAAUGUUUAGACUGCACUGUAUCAUGAAUUCAUUGAAAUAUACAAAUGAUUUGCCAGAUACAACUGUCAAUGGCCGUCACAGUCCCUACACCUACAGUACAGACCAAAAGUUUGGACACACCUUCUCAUUCAAAGAGUUGUCUUUAUUUUCAUGACUAUGAAUAUUGCAGAUUCACACUGAAGGCAUCGAAACUAUAAAUUAACA